AUGACUAAACCCGUAUUGGAAGGAAGUCAUGCGCCUCCUAAGGACCUUCUUGAUGAGGAAACUGUGUUCAGCUUGGACGAUAGUCUUGACGGACUUCCACUGACUCCGUUCAGUCGAAAAAAUGAUAUUGACUCGGAAUUCUCUCUACCCGGGACCUCCCUUGGGUCACAAAGUUUGUCAAGUCAUCGUCGCGAUUCACGUAUUAAGGCUGAAACUAUGCUUUCCCGUGUUAGUGCUUUCGCUGAUGUCUCUGAAGAAAUCAAACUUGAACAACUUUUUGAAUACGCGUGGCCUGAAGAGUCUUUGGUAAAUUCGAAAAACGGCCCAACUUACUAUGUUAUUCAAGAAAUACUAGCUGAUUAUCUUAAGGUCAAGUCCUUCAAACGCCGUUAUCCCGAUUUGCAGCGUCGAAUCUGUGAUGCCUAUGAGCGGAAUUGGCUUCAAGAAGCUGGGCUAGUUCCUCCAGGUAGAGCGGAGUUAGGUCUGACGGCCCUGGUCAGUGAUGAAGUAAUGACGCUUCUUCAGAAUGAUUUUCCUGACGUUCACGUGGUAGUCAGUGACCUCUUUCGCCAAAGGCGGUUUCAGCGUCUCGCUGACCACCAAAAACGUCAAUAUGAGGCGGCUAGGGUCGGUAGAGGUGAAGCUCGAGCAGAGUUAGCUCGAAAACGUGCACUGGAAUCUGCUUCAGAUUUCAAUAAGCAGUUGAUUUCCGAGCGUCAUAAAGAACGCAGAUGCUAUUGGGAUCUGCAGACUAUGCAAAUCCAUGUUCCGCAGUGGCCCUAUCGACUUUUGGACCCCCCAGCAAUUAAAAAUGGAUCAUACCCUAUUGCUGUAAUUCCAGGACAAUUCACUGAGCACUAUGUUGACUAUUCACCCAUCGAAUUAAACUAUCUGCCCGUAUCCAAAGCACUCCAUACACAGCCACCCCAUCUACAAUGCAAACGACCUUUUCGACUUCCACCGCCGCUUCCUGUAAAUCUUCGUUAUGGAAAUGUCUCUGGUGCCCCCAGACCACAAACCUUAAAUGAUCCUUCUAAUCCAAUUAUCCCCAAUCAGGUGGUUAAUCAAGCUGCCAAUAGCUCAAAACAGGAGUUUGCAGCCCCAGCUACCCCAGAGAAUUCGGCGUCGAAGGUCGGUGGCUCAAAACGUGAUGAGGAGGUCGUUGGUACUCCAACUAAAGCCGAUCAAGCGGAAGAAAAGGGUCCUCCCUGCACUGUGUGUGGGAAACCUGCAGCUGACCCCCUUCGUUGCUCCCAAUGCACAAGACAAGGUCAUGCUCGUUGUCUGGAUCUCCCUGAGCACAUGAUCGACACUGUUAGGACAUAUGCUUGGUCAUGCAUGGAGUGCAAACAAUGCGUGGAGUGCGAAGAUACGGGGGAAGAGGAUCAGAUGAUGUUUUGUGAUCGUUGCGACCGUGGUUAUCACGCCCAAUGUGUGGGUCUUCGGAGUAUUCCAGAGGGCAAUUGGGAAUGUCCUACUUGUGCUCCCCCACCCGAAGAAAGAUCACCGUCUCCACCCAUGUCAAAGCGGCCUAGACGAAGUACCACUGGCCUUAGACGUCGUAGUUCCCCUGUUCCCGCAACCUCUACACCUGCUCCAUCUUCGACCACGCCCAGACGUCGUGGACGUCCUCCGAAGAAGGUCGUUAAGGUGGACAGUGAGAGUGGCAGCGAUGCAGACUAG